AUGGUGAAGCAACCAUGGACCGCGGCGUUGGUGCAUGCCACUGCCCAACACCAUGAGCAGGCGACUGCGAAAAGCUGUGGCUACCUCUUGGCCUCCUGGGGCGCAGGGAGGGCGUGGCAAGCGGCCGCGCGGAUCUUUGCGGAUGCUCCGACACGAGGCCUGGAGGUCAACAUCAGACUCUGCAAUGCUGCAAUCAAUGCGUGCAGACAUGCGUGGCAGUGCGCCGGCGAACUCCUGCAUCGCGCUUCUGCCUGCCGCCUGCAGCACGACAGCGUUUCCCUCGGCGCCGUCUCAGCUUCGCUUUGCCGUGGGAGGCAGUGGCCGACAGCCUUGGCCCUGCUGGGUUCCGGAACUGGGGCUGUCGCCCUCGGUGCCAUCACGGAUGCUGCUGCCAAGGUGCAGGCAUGGCGCACGGCCCUAUCACGGCUUCAGCAGUGGCGUUCGACACAAGGGCCUCCCGGUGUGGUUCUGCUCAGCUCUGCGGGAGACGCCCUACAGCGCUCUCAGGAGUGGAGGAAGGCCGUGGAGAUACUGUCGCCUCUGGUGGUGCCCAACGGUCCCGCAGAUGCUGCUGCCUACGGAGUGCUGCUUGCAGCGUGCGCCGGGGGCGGACGUUGGUCAGAGGCGAAGGAGCUGCUUUCAAGUCUCCGGCUGCAGCGCCUCCGCGCCGACGUGGCCGCCUUCGGGGCAGCGGUGCGUAGUGCGGAGGCGAAGCCGGAGGUGGCAGAGACCCUGGCUCUGGAGAUGCGCCAGCGCGGAAUGCAUCCCUCGGCGGCCUUGCGAAAUGCCGUGGCUGUCGGGGCGCGCUGGGACGAGGCACUGCGCCUCUUCGGCCGCUGCGCAUCCUAUCAGCUCGAGGUGGAUACCGUUGGCGGCAACAUAGCCGCCUCUGCCUGCGCACAGGAGCAUCAGUGGCAAAAUGCUGCUAGCAUUCUCGAUCUGGGAACAGCUUGGGGUUUGCCGCCAGAUUCCACGAGCCUUCACGCCCGAAUCCAGUCCUUCGGCUGGGGCCUCCGCUGGGAGACGUCCCUCCGACGGAUGGCUGACAGUCAGCUUGAUGAGGGAGCCGCGGCACACGUCGGACCCUCCAUGGUCGGCUGCAACCUUGCUUAA